AAUUAGUACUUACGAGGGCGGAAUCUUUUUUCUCUGUAGAGCAUGUGUCUCUCCGGAAGAAAACUCCGUUGCACCAGCUGGCACUACGCACCGGUGUUGAAGAUCUUUGGUUAUUGGUUGGAAUUCCUGACUGAAAGUCACAAUGGAUGAAGAACCAGAGAGAGCCAAGCGCUGGGAAGGGGGCUAUGAGAGGACAUGGGAAGUGCUAAAAGAGGAUGAAUCCGGCUCACUCAAAGCCACGGUUGAGGAGAUCCUGUUCCAGUCCAAAAGGAAAAGGGUUGUAGAGAGCCAUGGACAAGUGAGGCUGGGGAUGAUGCGUCAUCUCUAUGUGGUGAUUGACUGUUCAAGAAGUAUGGAAGACCAAGACUUGAAGCCGAACCGCCUCACCUCUACUCUAAAGCUGAUGGAAGCUUUUGUUGAGGAGUAUUUUGACCAAAACCCCAUCAGUCAGGUGGGCAUCAUCACUACAAAGAAUAAACGAGCUGAGAAACUGACUGACCUGGCAGGGAAUCCAAAGAAGCACACUGCUGCUCUGAAGAAAGCAGUGGACACUGUGUGUGUAGGAGAGCCGUCCCUGUACAACUCUCUCAGCCUGGCCAUACAGACUCUCAAACACAUGCCUGGACACACAAGCCGGGAGAUCCUGAUCAUCCUCAGCAGCCUCACCACAUGUGACCCAGCCAACAUCUACGAGCUGAUCAAGACCCUGAAGUCUUUGAAGGUGCGUGUGUCCGUCAUCGGCCUCUCAGCAGAGGUUCGGGUGUGCACAGUGUUGACCAGAGAGACAGGCGGCUCGUACCAUGUCAUCCUGGAUGAGAGCCACUUCAAAGAGCUGCUGAUGCUGCAUGUCAAACCUCCCCCUGCCAGCUCCUCAUCUGAAUGCUCUUUAAUACGCAUGGGUUUUCCUCAGCACACCAUCGCCUCUCUGACUGACCAGGAUGCCAAGCCUUCAUUCAGCAUGUCUCAUUUAGACAGCAGCAGUGCUCCAGGUCUGUCUCUGGGAGGAUACUUCUGUCCACAGUGCCACGCCAAGUACACAGAGCUUCCUGUGGAGUGUAAAGUCUGUGGUUUGACUCUGGUGUCGGCCCCUCAUCUUGCCAGAUCCUUCCACCACCUCUUUCCCCUCCAAGCCUUUAUAGAGAGUCCUGUAGAGGAGCUCCAAGGAGACAGGUUCUGUCAAGCAUGUGAAGGAGAGCUGAAGGAUAAAAGUAUAUUCACCUGUCCGACAUGUCACCAAGUGUUCUGUGUGGAGUGUGACCUGUUCAUCCAUGACUCCCUGCACUGCUGCCCCUGCUGUAUUCACAGUCAGAGUGCCCUCUGACACUGAGAGGCUGUCAGACAGAGACUGAAACAAACCUUCGGACCAUGUAUCUGGCUUUCAGCCCGACAUUCAGCCAGUAAAGGCCACUGGUCUUGUCAUUGUUGUCCACUGCUGACAGGAUGGAUAUGAUGUAUACAGGCUGUCUAUGGACCAAAAGUGUUGAUGAUUUGUAAGAUAUUGAAUAAUUACAGUUGAUCCAUAUCUUUUCAAUGUGGAAGCAGCAGCUGUAUUCUUGCUCAGCGCGGUGCUGAGUUGGUCUGAAGCUCCUGUCUGCUUUGAAAACUGCAUCUGAGCAGCUGUAGAACAGCACACUGCUGUAUUUGUCAGAAAUGGUGUGUGCACAUUGUUUAUACACUUUUCUACUACAGUUCUUAUUGUGACAUGACAGUUACAAUAAAACUGAAAUGUAUUUGUA